AUGUAUGAGGCUUACCAGGACCAACUACCGCCGGGUGUCAACUUGGCGACGUUCGCGUCUGUGGGUGAACAGUUGAUCAAGCUAUCGCACUCGCAGUUCCCUUCCGCAAGUCUUGUGCGGAGUAUCUCAAUAGAUGUCGACGCCGUUUAUCGAAUCGCGGUCGCUCUUGCAGAUCUUCAGAAAGGCCACUACGUUUAUCAAUGGGCGUUGACCAGCUGCGCAAAAGCGAAUUCACGCCGAGCCCUUGUCGAACUCGUGAACCGGUAUAUCGACACGGAAGGUGUGGACAUUUAUCGGAACACCGAGUGCAUAGCGAAGGUCAAAGACUUGGCUCUCAAAGAUGAAUUUCCUCAUGCGAUUAUGCUAUAUGCCAAACUUCUCAUCUGGCGUGGUGAGAAUGCAGAAGCCGCCCGGCUUCUAGAGCAGAGGAUUCUGCCAUAUAUACAACCCACUCGCAAACACCCUGGUCUUUGGGAGGACAUAAAGUUAUCGAACAAUUUCGAUUCACCCUGGCGAAUGUACGCUGUUGCUGUUGAGCAGGAACAGGGUCUAGCGGGCAUCCAGAGGGCCACGCACCGAGCCGCUUUAGAAUUCCACGACCCAACCGCUAUGGCUGACUAUGCCAUCUCAGCGUUGGAAACGGAGGCCCCCAAUAAAUACGAGGUGUAUGAGUCGUACAUGUCCGCCGCUGCAGUGGGGGGACACACUCCAGCCUGCCUUCACAUUGCCAAUUUCUAUUACCGCACCUUCCAAGGCGAAUUCGCCACCGAAGCAGAGAGAAACGCCAAAAAGAGGGAAGAGGCUAAUGCCGCGCGCAACGCCUUAUUGCAACGAUUCGAACCCAUAGCAAACUGGGUUUAUACGUUGUUCAACCAACCCAUGGAUCACAUGGCAUACCGCAUGCUCGCGAUGGAAUGGUACGAGCUUGCUUUUGAUAAGGGCAGCAGUGAGGCUGGGUAUAUCCUAGCUAUGCUCUUCCGCGAGGAAGGCGACAUGGAGAAGAGCCGUGAGGUGUACAAUCUUACUGCUCAAAAGGGUCUUCCAACCACGGUGCCAAAGAAAGGCCUGGUGGAGAUGAGGGAUAAGUGGGAAGACCAAACCUUCCAACCUGGUCUGCCUCCUAAGCUUCUGAGGCUUUCUUAG